AUGACUGAGAAACGAUCGCUGGUUGAUGAAUUACACGCUGCAACGAGAAGAAAUUUUCCAAGAAGACGCGUCAUAGUAUACGGAUACGAUGACCUGUGGCAGGCGGAUGUGGUUGAGAUGCGUCCGUAUAAACGCUACAACAGAGGUUACCACUACAUUCUCACCGUUAUCGAUGUGCUGAGUAAGCAUGCAUGGGCGUACCACUCAAAGCCAAGAGCGGGAACGAGAUGGAUCGACAUGCUGCCACGCCUCGUAUCAGAUUACAACGCGCGAAAGCAUCGAACUAUCGGUAUGCGGCCCAUCGAUGUUACCCCUGCGAUCGCCGACAGGCUCUUAACAACGGUGUAUAAUCAUGUAAAGAUUGCUGCACCUGCGCGAUUCAAAGUGGGUGACUCGGUUCGCGUGAGCAAAUUCAAGACGAUCUUUGAGAAAGAUCUUUGA